CCAUGCUGUCAAAUCAAACACAAACGUGGAAGUAAGCCGGCCCACUCCUCCUCCUCCUCCUCCUCUCACCCACGCGGCUGUCCAGCGCCGUGGAGCGUCUCUCGGCAGCUUUUGGUCAAAACGGGAACGGAUCAAACCAGGAGAAGCUUUGCGCCACAGAGCCGCUGGAGUCACAUUGCUUGGAGCCGUGUUGAAGUUCAUGGAGUCUUCUCUUGAGUUCUCCAGCUCUCUGGGCAGCGUGUCCUCCCUGCUCAGCCGCUGUCGGACCUUCAAGGUGCUGGUGAUUGGAGACUCCGGGGUGGGGAAGACCUGCCUGACGCACCGGCUGUGCGCCGGGGAGUUCCCCCGCAGGACGGAGGCCACGAUCGGCGUGGACUUCCGCGAGAGAGCGCUGGACAUUGAUAAAGAGAAAAUAAAACUCCAGCUGUGGGACACUGCGGGACAGGAGCGCUUCAGGAAGUCCAUGGUGCAGCACUACUACCGGAACGUCCACGCUGUGCUCUUUGUUUACGACGUCAGCUGUCCGUCCAGUUUCAGGGGGCUGACCGCCUGGGUGGAGGAGUGCCGGCAGAACUCUCUGGGUCACGAAGUACCCAAGUUCCUCAUUGGGAAUAAGAGCGACCUCCGUGACGCCAGCAGAGCCGACUCUCAGGUGAGCCAGGAGCUGGCGAUGGACUUUGCCAAGGCGCACGGUAUGGUUUUCUUUGAGACGUCUGCCAAGAACCCGCCCAGGAAACGCGUGCAUGGCCGACGCGGCGACGUGGAGCCGCUUCAGCAGAGUAAAGUGGAGGACAUCGUCACCGCUGUCGGCACAACGCUGAAGAGACACAAAAGCCCUUUAACGGCUUACUCACCAACAUACAGCGGCUCUUUUAAAGUCCACAAGAAAAAACAGGAGAAGGAAAUGUGGACUUGCUGCUGAGAACUGUUGAUGCCCCAAAGUAGAAAAUGUUGACUUUAUAUCUUUUUAGCAUGAGAGCGUAUGAAUGUAAGUUUUCUACUUUUGAUUAAUUCACCAACACCAAACCUUUUUUAAAAAAAAAAAAAAAAGAGCUUUCAUUUUUGUACGUGAUGUCUUUUUUUCUUGAACGUUUUCUGUAUAUUUGUGUUCUUAUUGUUUACCGUAGUUUCACAAUAAAAGCCUGUUAACACAAACAUGCCAGCGA